CUCACCGCGUUCACGUGCGGCGCGACGGGCGUCGCGUCCGACGCUCUCCUGAAAAACGGCGCGGAGCGGUGGAAGGUUCGGCGGCUGAUGAUGAACAUCGCGACGAUCGGACCGUGCGUCGCGCUGCUGCUGUUACCGCUCGCGAAGUCCGCGACGAUCGCGGUCGCCUUGCUCGGCGUCAUGUUGGGCUCGCAAGCGGUCGCGAUCGGGGGAUACUUGGCGUACAUGCAAGACGUCGCCCCGGCGAGAGCUGGGGCUUUUCUCGGCGUGACCAACACCGUCGGCGUGGCCGCGGGCAUCGCCGCGAACGUGCUGACCGGGUUCUUGGUCGAGCGCACGGGGGGGUUCGACGCGGUGUUUUUAGUCACCGCGGGGGUGUACGCGUCGAGCGCGAUGGUGUGGAACGCGUUCUUGAAGGGG